CGGCAGGAAUUCACAGAGCCAGGCGCCUGGAGCCACACUGUCCCUGAGCCUGUGCCCUAGUGCUUAAGAGUCGGAGCCUGCUUGCCUGCUUGCCAGUGGCCCCUGUCGCACUCCGUGCCAAAGGAGCCCUAUCAGCCUCCUGGCUGUGCCCCACCUACUGCCCUCACCCUGUGCGGACCGGCUAGCUCCCAGCAGCCAUGGUGGCUGGCAUGCUUAUGCCACUGGACCAGCUACGGGCCAUCUAUGAGGUGCUCUUUCGUGAGGGAGUGAUGGUGGCCAAGAAGGACCGGAGACCCCGCAGCCUGCAUCCCCACGUGCCUGGCGUCACCAACUUACAGGUCAUACGUGCCAUGGCCUCUCUGCGAGCCCGGGGCCUGGUGCGGGAGACCUUUGCCUGGCGCCACUUCUACUGGUACCUGACCAACGAGGGUAUUGCCCACCUACGCCAGUAUCUGCACCUGCCACCGGAGAUCGUGCCUGCCUCUUUGCAGCGUGUGCGACGACCUGUCGCCAUGGUGAUGCCUGCACGUCGUCGCUCCCCCCAUGUGCAGGCCAUGCAAGGUCCUCUGGGCUGCCCACCAAAGCGGGGGCCUCUGCUGGCCGAGGACCCUGCCCGAGAGGAGCGUCAGGUCUAUCGCCGGAAGGAGCCUGAGCAGGGGGCAUCUGAGACCCCAGUGGUGUCUGUCACCACUGUGGGGACCCUGGCCAGGUCGGGCCCGGAGCCUGCCCCAGCCACAGAUGAACGGGACCGUGUGCAGAAGAAAACCUUCACCAAGUGGGUCAACAAGCAUCUCAUCAAGGCUCAGAGGCACAUCAGUGACCUGUAUGAAGACCUCCGUGAUGGCCACAACCUCAUCUCCCUGCUGGAGGUCCUCUCAGGGGACAGCCUGCCCCGGGAGAAGGGGAGGAUGCGCUUCCACAAGCUGCAGAAUGUCCAGAUUGCCCUGGAUUACCUCCGGCACCGCCAGGUGAAGCUGGUGAACAUAAGGAAUGAUGACAUUGCUGAUGGCAACCCCAAGCUGACCCUCGGCCUGAUCUGGACAAUCAUCCUGCACUUCCAGAUCUCAGACAUCCAGGUGAGCGGCCAGUCAGAGGACAUGACAGCUAAGGAGAAGCUGCUCCUCUGGUCACAGCGUAUGGUGGAAGGCUACCAGGGCCUGCGUUGUGACAACUUCACCACCAGCUGGCGUGAUGGCCGCCUCUUUAAUGCCAUCAUUCACCGGCACAAGCCCAUGCUCAUUGAUAUGAAUAAGGUAUAUCGUCAGACCAACCUGGAGAAUCUGGACCAGGCCUUCUCUGUGGCAGAGCGGGACCUGGGGGUGACAAGGCUCUUGGACCCAGAAGAUGUGGAUGUCCCUCAACCUGACGAGAAGUCUAUCAUCACCUAUGUUUCAUCUCUCUAUGAUGCCAUGCCCCGUGUGCCUGGCGCACAGGAUGGGGUGAGGGCCAAUGAGCUGCAGCUUCGCUGGCAGGAGUAUCGGGAGCUUGUGCUGCUGCUGCUACAGUGGAUCCGGCACCAUACAGCUGCCUUUGAGGAACGCAGGUUCCCCUCCAGCUUUGAAGAGAUUGAGAUCCUAUGGUGCCAGUUUUUGAAGUUUAAGGAGACAGAGCUUCCUGCCAAGGAGGCAGACAAAAACCGGUCCAAAGGCAUCUACCAGUCCUUGGAGGGGGCGGUACAAGCAGGUCAGCUCAAGGUGCCCCCCGGCUACCACCCACUGGAUGUGGAAAAGGAAUGGGGCAAGCUGCAUGUGGCCAUCCUGGAGCGGGAGAAGCAGCUCCGGAGCGAGUUUGAGAGGCUGGAGUGUCUUCAACGCAUUGUGAGCAAAUUGCAGAUGGAGGCAGGGCUGUGCGAGGAGCAGCUGAACCAGGCCGACGCCCUGCUUCAGUCGGAUAUUCGACUGCUGGCAUCAGGCAAGGUGGCGCAGAGGGCCGGGGAUGUGGAGAGGGACCUGGACAAGGCCGAUAAUAUGAUCCGGCUGUUGUUCAAUGAUGUUCAGACCCUUAAAGAUGGGAGGCACCCGCAGGGUGAGCAGAUGUACCGGAGGGUGUAUCAUCUGCAUGAGCGCCUGGUAGCCAUCCGCACCGAGUACAACCUCCGGCUGAAGGCAGGAGUAGCUGCCCCUGUGACCCAGGUGACCCUGCAGAGUACACAGAGGCGCCCAGAGCUAGAAGACUCUACCCUACGCUACCUGCAAGACCUGCUGGCCUGGGUGGAGGAGAACCAGCGCCGGAUAGACAGCUCUGAGUGGGGUGUGGACCUACCCAGCGUGGAGGCGCAGCUGGGCAGCCACCGAGGCCUGCACCAGUCUAUUGAGGAAUUUCGGGCCAAGAUCGAGCGGGCACGGAAUGAUGAGAGCCAGCUCUCCCCUGCCACCCGGGGUGCCUACCGUGACUGCCUGGGCCGACUAGACCUGCAGUAUGCAAAGCUGCUGAACUCCUCCAAGGCCCGCCUCCGGUCCCUGGAGAGCCUGCAUGGCUUUGUGGCGGCAGCCACCAAGGAGCUGAUGUGGCUGAACGAGAAGGAGGAGGAAGAGGUGGGCUUCGACUGGAGUGACCGCAAUACCAACAUGGCCGCCAAGAAGGAGAGCUACUCGGCCCUGAUGAGGGAGCUGGAGAUGAAGGAAAAGAAGAUCAAGGAGAUCCAGAACACGGGGGACCGGCUGCUGCGGGAAGACCACCCUGCCCGGCCUACAGUAGAGUCCUUCCAGGCGGCUUUGCAGACCCAGUGGAGUUGGAUGCUGCAGCUGUGUUGCUGUAUCGAGGCGCACCUAAAAGAGAACACCGCCUACUUCCAGUUCUUCUCAGACGUUCGGGAGGCUGAGGAACGGCUACAGAAGCUGCAGGACACACUGCGUAGAAAGUACAGCUGUGACCGCUCCAUCACUGUCACCAGGCUUGAGGACCUGCUGCAGGAUGCCCAGGACGAAAAGGAGCAGCUAAAUGAGUACAAGGGGCACCUCUCAGGCCUGGCCAAGCGGGCCAAGGCCAUUGUGCAGCUGAAACCACGCAACCCCACCCACCCUGUGCGGGGCCAUGUACCCUUGCUGGCUGUGUGUGACUACAAGCAGGUGGAGGUGACCGUGCACAAAGGUGACCAGUGCCAGCUGGUCGGUCCCGCCCAGCCAUCCCAUUGGAAAGUGCUCAGCAGCUCCAGCAGUGAGGCUGCCGUGCCCUCUGUGUGCUUUCUUGUGCCACCACCCAACCAGGAGGCCCUGGAUGCCAUCACCAGGCUGGAGGCCCAGCACCAGGCACUGGUUGCGCUGUGGCACCAGUUGCAUGUAGACAUGAAGAGUCUUCUGGCAUGGCAGAGCCUCAGCCGUGAUGUCCAGCUUAUCCGUUCCUGGUCUUUGGUCACGUUCCGCACACUGAAGCCAGAGGAGCAGCGCCAAGCCCUGCGCAGUCUGGAGCUGCACUACCAGGCCUUCCUGCGAGACAGCCAGGAUGCCGGUGGCUUUGGGCCUGAGGACCGGCUGGCAGCAGAGCGGGAGUAUGGAUCCUGCAGCCGCCACUACCAGCAGCUGCUACAGAGCCUGGAGCAGGGCGAGCAGGAGGAGUCUCGCUGUCAGCACUGCAUCUCGGAGCUCAAGGAUAUCCGACUGCAGCUGGAGGCUUGCGAGACUCGCAUUGUGCACCGUCUGCGGCUGCCGCUGGACAAAGAACCUGCUCGGGAGUGCGCCCAGCGCAUCGCAGAGCAACAGAAAGCACAAGCUGAGGUGGAAGGGCUGGGCAAGGGGGUUGCCCGACUCUCUGCAGAGGCUGAGAAAGUCCUGGCCUUGCCAGAACCAUCACCUGCUGCCCCUACUCUGCGCUCAGAGCUGGAAUUGACGCUGGGCAAGCUGGAACAAGUCCGCAGCUUGUCUGCCAUCUAUCUGGAGAAACUCAAGACCAUCAGCCUGGUGAUUCGCAGCACCCAGGGGGCCGAGGAGGUUCUUAAAGCCCAUGAGGAGCAGCUCAAGGAGGCCCAGGCUGUGCCUGCCACUCUCCCGGAGCUUGAAGCCACCAAAGCCUCACUAAAGAAGCUGCGAGCCCAGGCAGAGGCACAGCAGCCUGUGUUCGAUGCCCUGAGAGAGGAGCUGCGGGGGGCACGCGAGGUUGGCGAGCGGCUGCAGCAGCGGCACGGAGAGCGGGAUGUGGAGGUGGAGCGCUGGCGAGAGCGUGUCUCCCAGCUGCUGGAGCGCUGGCAGGCAGUGCUGGCCCAGACUGAUGUGCGGCAGCGUGAGCUUGAGCAACUGGGCCGUCAGCUGCGGUACUACCGUGAGAGCGCAGACCCUCUGAGUGCCUGGCUCCGGGAUGCCAAGCAGCGGCAGGAGCAGAUCCAGGCUGUGCCCAUGGCUAAUGUCCAGGCUGCAAGGGAACAACUGAGGCAGGAGAAGGCCCUGCUGGAGGAGAUUGAGCGCCAUGGCGAGAAGGUGGAGGAAUGCCAAAGGUUCGCCAAGCAGUACAUCAAUGCCAUCAAGGACUAUGAACUCCAGCUGGUCACCUACAAGGCACAGCUCGAGCCUGUGGCCUCCCCAGCCAAGAAGCCGAAGGUCCAGUCUGGGUCGGAGAGUGUCAUCCAGGAGUAUGUGGAUCUGCGUACACGCUACAGUGAGCUGACCACACUCACAAGUCAGUAUAUCAAGUUCAUCGGCGAGACCUUGCGCCGCAUGGAGGAGGAGGAGAGGCUGGCUGAGCAACAGCGGGCAGAGGAGCGGGAGCGGCUGGCCGAGGUGGAGGCCGCGCUGGAAAAGCAGCGGCAGCUAGCCGAGGCCCAUGCCAAGGCCAAGGCGCAGGCUGAGCUGGAGGCACAGGAACUGCAGCGGCGCAUGCAGGAGGAGGUGGCGCGUCGUGAGGAGGCAGCAGUGGAUGCACAGCAGCAGAAGCGCAGCAUACAGGAGGAACUGCAGCAUCUGCGGCAGAGCUCAGAGGCAGAGAUCCAGGCCAAGGCCCAGCAGGUGGAGGCCGCUGAGCGCAGCCGGCUACGCAUCGAGGAAGAGAUCCGUGUGGUGCGUCUGCAGCUGGAGACAACAGAGCGUCAGCGUGGAGGGGCGGAGGGUGAGCUGCAGGCUCUGCGCGCUCGGGCGGAGGAGGCAGAAGCCCAGAAACGGCAGGCUCAGGAGGAAGCUGAGCGCUUGAGGAGACAGGUGCAAGAUGAGAGCCAGCGCAAGCGGCAGGCAGAGGCAGAGCUGGCCUUGCGCGUGAAGGCCGAGGCCGAGGCCGCUCGAGAGAAACAGCGGGCCCUGCAGGCCCUGGAGGAACUUCGGCUGCAGGCGGAGGAAGCUGAGCGGCGGCUGCGGCAGGCAGAGGCAGAGCGGGCACGCCAAGUCCAGGUAGCGCUGGAGACGGCGCAGCGCAGCGCAGAGGCAGAGCUGCAGAGCAAGCGUGCCUCCUUCGCGGAGAAGACGGCGCAGCUGGAGCGCACCCUGCAGGAGGAGCACGUGACCGUGGCCCAGCUGCGCGAGGAGGCCGAGCGGCGGGCGCAGCAGCAAGCCGAGGCCGAGCGUGCUCGCGAGGACGCCGAGCGGGAGCUGGAGCGCUGGCAGCUAAAGGCCAACGAAGCGCUGCGGCUGCGGCUGCAGGCAGAAGAGGUGGCGCAGCAGAAGAGCCUGGCGCAGGCCGACGCCGAGAAGCAGAAGGAAGAGGCGGAGCGCGAGGCACGGCGGCGUGGCAAGGCGGAGGAGCAGGCUGUGAGGCAGCGAGAGCUGGCCGAACAGGAGCUGGAGAAGCAGCGGCAGCUGGCAGAGGGCACUGCACAGCAGCGCCUGGCGGCAGAGCAGGAGCUGAUCCGCCUGCGGGCGGAGACCGAGCAGGGGGAGCAGCAGCGGCAGCUGCUGGAGGAGGAGCUGGCUCGGCUGCAGCGUGAGGCGACUGCGGCCACGCAGAAGCGCCAAGAGCUGGAGGCCGAGCUGGCCAAGGUGCGGGCGGAGAUGGAGGUGCUGCUGGCCAGCAAGGCUCGCGCCGAGGAGGAAUCUCGCUCCAGCAGCGAGAAGUCCAAGCAGAGGCUGGAGGCCGAAGCGGGCCGGUUUCGCGAGUUGGCCGAGGAGGCAGCCCGCCUACGGGCCCUGGCCGAGGAGGCCAAGCGGCAGCGGCAGCUGGCGGAGGAGGAUGCCACGCGCCAGCGGGCCGAGGCAGAGCGGGUGCUUGCGGAGAAGCUGGCGGCCAUCAGCGAGGCCACACGGCUCAAGACUGAGGCAGAGAUUGCACUCAAGGAGAAGGAAGCGGAAAAUGAGCGCUUGCGGCGUCUGGCUGAAGACGAGGCCUUCCAGCGGCGACGGCUGGAGGAGCAGGCUGCGCUGCACAAGGCCGACAUAGAGGAGCGCUUGGCCCAGCUGCGCAAGGCGUCCGAAAGUGAGCUGGAACGGCAGAAGGGGCUGGUGGAAGAUACGCUGCGGCAGCGGCGGCAGGUGGAGGAGGAGAUCAUGGCGCUGAAGGCGAGCUUUGAGAAGGCAGCCGCCGGCAAGGCAGAGCUGGAGCUAGAACUGGGCCGCAUUCGCAGCAACGCAGAGGACACGCUGCGCAGCAAGGAGCAGGCUGAGUUGGAGGCCGCGCGGCAGCGGCAGUUGGCCGCCGAGGAGGAGCAGAGGCGCCGUGAGGCCGAGGAACGUGUGCAGAAGAGCCUGGCGGCUGAGGAAGAAGCCGCGCGGCAGCGCAAGGCUGCACUGGAGGAGGUUGAUCGGCUCAAAGCCAAGGUGGAGGAGGCACGGCGCCUUCGGGAGCGAGCAGAGCAGGAGUCGGCACGGCAGCUGCAGCUGGCCCAGGAGGCUGCUCAGAAGCGGCUGCAGGCCGAGGAGAAGGCGCAUGCCUUUGCGGUGCAGCAGCGGGAGGAGGAGCUGCAGCAGACACUUCAGCAAGAGCAGAGCAUGCUGGAACGGCUGCGGAACGAGGCAGAGGCGGCGCGCCGUGCUGCUGAGGAGGCCGAGGAGGCCCGGGAGCAGGCCGAGCGCGAGGCCGCGCAAUCUCGGAGACAAGUGGAGGAGGCGGAGCGACUGAAGCAGUCGGCAGAGGAACAGGCGCAGGCCCAGGCCCAGGCCCAGGCAGCUGCGGAGAAGCUGCGCAAGGAAGCCGAGCAGGAGGCAGUGCGCCGGGCACAGGCGGAGCAGGCGGCGUUGAAGCAGAAGCAGGCAGCUGAUGCAGAGAUGGAGAAGCAUAAGAAGUUUGCAGAGCAGACUCUGCGGCAGAAGGCCCAGGUGGAGCAGGAGCUGACAACGCUCAGGCUGCAGCUGGAGGAGACUGACCACCAGAAGAGCAUCCUGGAUGAGGAGCUGCAGCGGCUCAAGGCCGAGGUGACGGAGGCAGCCCGGCAGCGCAGCCAGGUAGAGGAGGAGCUCUUCUCUGUGCGCGUGCAGAUGGAGGAGCUGGGCAAGCUCAAGGCACGUAUCGAGGCUGAGAACCGUGCGCUCAUCCUGCGUGACAAGGACAACACACAGCGCUUCCUGGAGGAAGAGGCGGAGAAGAUGAAACAGGUGGCAGAGGAGGCUGCUCGGCUGAGUGUGGCAGCCCAGGAGGCCGCACGGCUGCGGCAGCUAGCAGAAGAGGACCUGGCGCAGCAGCGGGCCCUGGCAGAGAAAAUGCUGAAGGAGAAGAUGCAGGCUGUGCAGGAGGCCACGCGGCUCAAGGCCGAGGCCGAGCUGCUGCAGCAGCAGAAGGACCUCGCACAGGAGCAGGCCAGGAGGCUGCAGGAGGACAAGGAGCAAAUGGCUCAGCAGUUGGCACAGGAAACACAGGGCUUCCAGCGGACUCUGGAGGCAGAGCGGCAGCGGCAGCUGGAGAUGAGCGCAGAGGCCGAGCGCCUCAAGCUGCGCAUGGCUGAGAUGAGCCGGGCCCAGGCCCGUGCAGAGGAGGAUGCCCAGCGCUUCCGGAAGCAGGCUGAAGAGAUUGGUGAAAAGCUGCACCGCACUGAACUUGCCACGCAGGAGAAGGUGACAUUGGUGCAAACGCUCGAGAUCCAGCGACAGCAGAGUGACCACGAUGCCGAGCGCCUAAGGGAGGCCAUUGCGGAGCUCGAGCGCGAGAAGGAGAAGCUUAAGCAGGAAGCCAAGUUGCUGCAGCUCAAGUCCGAGGAGAUGCAGACAGUGCAGCAGGAACAGAUGAUGCAGGAGACGCAGGCCCUGCAGAAGAGCUUUCUGUCUGAGAAGGACAGUCUGCUACAGCGGGAGCGCUUCAUCGAGCAGGAGAAGGCCAAGCUAGAGCAGCUUUUCCAGGGUGAGGUGGCUAAGGCACAACAGCUGCGUGAGGAGCAGCGGAAGCAGCAGCAGCAGAUGGAGCAGGAGAAACAGGAGCUGGUGGCCAGCAUGGAGGAGGCCCGGCGGCGGCAGCGUGAGGCGGAGGAGGGCGUGCGGCGCAAGCAAGAGGAGCUGCAGCGUUUGGAGCAGCAGCGGCAGCAGCAAGAGAAGCUACUGGCUGAGGAGAACCAGAGGCUACGAGAGCGGCUACAGCGUCUGGAGGAAGAGCACCGGGCUGCACUGGCACACUCUGAGGAGAUCGCCACCGCCCAGGCUGCUGCCACAAAAGCCCUGCCCAAUGGCCGGGACGCCCUUGAUGGCCCAGCUGUGGAGGUGGAGCCCGAGCAUACCUUCGAGGGGUUACGGCAGAGGGUGCCUGCGCAGCAGCUACAGGAGGCAGGCAUUCUGAGCAUGGAGGAGCUGCAGCAGCUAGCACAGGGCCACACCACGGUGGCUGACCUUAUGCAGCGGGAGGAUGUGCACCAGUACCUGAAGGGCCACAGCAGCAUUGCAGGACUGCUGCUGAAGCCCACCAAUGAGAAACUGAGUGUCUACGCAGCCCUACAGAGGCAGCUGCUGAGCCCGGGCACAGCUCUCAUCCUGCUUGAGGCCCAGGCAGCCUCAGGCUUCCUGCUGGACCCUGUGAGGAACCAGCGGCUGACUGUCAAUGAGGCUGUGAAGGAGGGCGUUGUGGGCCCUGAGCUGCACCACAAGCUCCUCUCAGCUGAGCGUGCCGUCACCGGCUAUAAGGACCCCUACACCGGGGAGCAGAUCUCCCUCUUCCAGGCCAUGAAGAAGGAUCUCAUCGUCAGGGACCACGGCAUCCGCCUGCUGGAGGCCCAGAUCGCUACGGGCGGCAUCAUAGACCCUGUGCACAGCCACCGUGUGCCGGUGGAUGUGGCCUACCAGCGUGGCUACUUCGAUGAGGAGAUGAACCGCAUCUUGGCUGACCCAAGUGAUGACACCAAGGGCUUCUUCGAUCCCAACACGCAUGAGAACCUCACCUACCUGCAGCUGCUGGAGCGCUGUGUGGAGGACCCGGAGACGGGCUUGCUCCUCCUGCCACUCACAGAUAAGGCUGCCAAGGGUGGCGAGCUGGUCUACACUGACUCAGAGGCCCGUGAUGUCUUUGAGAAGGCCACUGUGUCUGCACCAUUUGGCAAGUUCCAGGGCAAGACUGUGACCAUCUGGGAGAUCAUCAAUUCAGAGUACUUCACGGCAGAGCAGCGGCGGGAUCUGCUGCGUCAGUUCCGCACAGGUCGCAUCACAGUGGAGAAGAUCAUCAAGAUUGUCAUCACGGUGGUGGAGGAGCAUGAGCGGAAGGACCAGCUCUGCUUUGAGGGCCUCCGUGCCCUUGUGCCUGCUGCUGAGUUGUUGGAGAGCGGGGUCAUCAACCAAGACCUCUACCAGCAGUUGCAGCGGGGUGAGCGUUCUGUGAGGGAGGUGGCCGAAGCAGACAGUGUGCGACGGGCCCUGCGGGGUACCAGUGUCAUUGCGGGUGUGUGGUUGGAAGAAGCAGGGCAGAAGCUGAGCAUCUAUGAGGCCUUGAAGAAAGACCUGCUGCAGUCAGAUGUGGCCAUGGCCUUGCUAGAGGCCCAGGCCGGCACCGGGCACAUCAUCGACCCUGCCACCAGUGCCCGGCUGACUGUGGAUGAGGCGGUGCGUGCUGGCCUGGUGGGCCCUGAGUUGCAUGAGAAGCUCCUGUCAGCUGAGAAGGCUGUGACAGGCUAUAGGGACCCGUACUCAGGACAGAGUGUCUCCUUGUUCCAGGCCCUGAAGAAGGGUCUCAUCCCCCAGGGGCAGGGCCUGCGCCUGCUGGAUGCCCAGUUGUCCACUGGUGGCAUUGUGGACCCCAGCAAGAGCCAUCGUGUGCCCUUGGAUGUUGCCUACGUCCGGGGCUUCCUGGACAAAGAGACGAACAGGGCGCUGUCGUCACCCAGGGACGAUGCCAGAGUCUACCUUGACCCGAGCACACGGGAGCCAGUCACCUACAGCCAGCUCCAGCAGCGGUGCCGAUCUGACCAGCUGACCGGCCUGAGCCUGCUGCCACUCUCAGAGAAGGCUGCCCGGGCUCGGCAGGAGGAGAUCUACUCUGAGCUCCAGGCCCGUGAGACCUUUGAGAAGGCCACGGUGGAGGUUCCUGUGGGCAGCUUCAAGGGCAGGGCAAUGACAGUGUGGGAGCUCAUCAGCUCUGAGUACUUCACAGAGGAACAGCGGCAGGAGCUGCUGCGACAGUUCCGCACAGGCAGGGUCACCGUGGAGAAGGUCAUCAAGAUCCUCAUCACCAUUGUCGAGGAGGUGGAGACCCAGCGGCAGGAACGGCUGUCCUUCAGCGGCCUCCGUGCCCCUGUACCAGCCAGUGAACUCCUGGCCGCCAAGGUCCUCAGCAGAUCUCAGUUUGAUCAGCUCAAGGAUGGCAAGAUAUCAGUCAAAGAUCUGUCAGAGGUGGGCUCUGUGCGGACGCUGCUACAGGGCAGUGGCUGCCUGGCUGGCAUCUACCUGGAGGACUCCAAGGAGAAAGUGACCAUAUAUGAGGCCAUGCGCCGGGGCCUCCUCAGACCUAGCACAGCCACACUCCUGCUGGAGGCCCAGGCAGCCACUGGUUUUCUAGUGGACCCUGUACGUAACCAGCGCCUGUACGUCCACGAGGCUGUGAAGGCAGGAGUAGUGGGUCCUGAACUUCAUGAGAAGCUGCUGUCAGCCGAGAAAGCGGUCACUGGCUAUAAGGACCCCUAUUCAGGCAGUACUAUCUCGCUGUUCCAGGCUAUGAAGAAGGGCCUGGUCCUCAGGGAACAUGCCAUCCGCCUGCUGGAGGCCCAGAUUGCCACAGGUGGUAUCAUAGACCCUGUGCACAGCCACCGCCUGCCUGUGGAUGUGGCCUACCAGCGUGGCUACUUUGAUGAGGAGAUGAAUCGUGUGCUGGCAGAUCCAAGCGAUGAUACCAAGGGCUUCUUUGAUCCCAACACUCAUGAGAACCUCACCUACCUGCAGCUACUAGGGCGCUGUGUGGAGGAUCCUGAGACGGGCCUCUGCCUCCUACCCCUAAAAGGGGCAGAGAAGACGGAGGUGGUGGAGACCACGCAGGUGUAUACUGAGGAGGAAACCCGGAGGGCAUUUGAAGAGACUCAGAUUGACAUCCCUGGUGGUGGCAGCCGAGGUGGCUCCACCAUGUCCUUGUGGGAGGUGAUGCAAUCGGAUAUGAUCCCUGAGGAUCAGCGGGCCCGUCUCAUGGCUGACUUCCAGGCUGGCCGGGUGACCAAGGAGCGCAUGAUCAUUAUCAUCAUCGAGAUCAUCGAGAAGACGGAGAUCAUCCGCCAGCAGAACCAGGCCUCCUAUGACUACGUGCGCCGCCGCCUCACUGCUGAGGACCUGUAUGAGGCCCGGAUUAUCUCCCUUGAGACCUACAACCUGUUCCGGGAGGGCACCAAGAGCCUCCGUGAGGUUCUAGAGAUGGAGUCUGCCUGGCGUUACCUCUAUGGUACAGGCUCAGUGGCCGGAGUCUACCUGCCUGGCUCCAGGCAGACGCUGACCAUCUACCAGGCCCUUAAGAAGGGGCUGCUGAACGCUGAAGUGGCACGCUUGUUACUGGAAGCACAGGCAGCCACAGGCUUCCUGCUGGACCCAGUGAAGGGGGAGCGACUGACUGUGGACGAGGCUGUGCGGAAGGGCCUGGUAGGCCCUGAGCUGCAUGAUCGGUUGCUCUCUGCAGAGCGGGCUGUUACUGGUUACCGUGACCCCUACACUGAGCAGACCAUCUCACUCUUCCAGGCCAUGAAGAAGGAGCUGAUCCCAGCUGAGGAGGCCCUGCGACUACUGGAUGCCCAGCUGGCCACAGGCGGCAUUGUGGAUCCCCGCCUGGGCUUCCACCUGCCCCUGGAGGUGGCCUAUCAGCGUGGCUAUCUCAAUAAGGACACUCAUGACCAGCUGUCAGAGCCCAGUGAGGUGCGCAGCUAUGUGGACCCCUCCACCGAUGAGCGCCUCAGCUACACGCAGCUCCUCAAGCGGUGCCGCCGUGAUGAAAACAGUGGUCAGAUGCUCCUGCUGCUCUCAGACACCCGCAAGCUGACCUUCCGUGGCCUGCGCAAGCAGAUCACUGUGGAGGAGCUGGUGCGCUCCCAGGUCAUGGACGAGGCCACGGCGUUGCAGCUGCAGGAAGGCCUGACUUCCAUCGAGGAGGUCACCAAGAACCUGCAGAAGUUCCUUGAGGGCACCAGCUGCAUUGCCGGUGUCUUCGUCGAUGCUACCAAGGAGCGGCUCUCUGUCUACCAGGCCAUGAAGAAGGGUAUUAUCCGCCCCGGCACAGCCUUUGAGCUCCUGGAAGCGCAGGCAGCCACUGGCUACGUCAUCGACCCCAUUAAGGGACUCAAGCUGACUGUGGAGGAGGCUGUACGAAUGGGUAUCGUGGGCCCUGAGUUCAAGGACAAGUUGCUAUCAGCAGAGCGUGCUGUCACUGGCUACAAGGAUCCCUACUCUGGGAAGCUCAUCUCCCUCUUCCAGGCCAUGAAGAAGGGCCUGAUCCUGAAGGACCAUGGUAUCCGCCUGCUGGAGGCUCAGAUCGCCACUGGCGGCAUCAUUGACCCCGAGGAGAGCCAUCGGCUCCCUGUGGAGGUGGCCUACAAGCGCGGCCUCUUUGAUGAGGAGAUGAAUGAGAUCCUGACAGACCCCUCGGAUGACACCAAAGGCUUCUUCGACCCCAACACCGAGGAGAACCUCACUUACUUACAACUGAUGGAGCGCUGUAUUACUGACCCUCAGACCGGCCUAUGUCUCCUGCCACUGAAGGAGAAGAAGCGAGAGCGGAAGACAUCUUCCAAGUCCUCGGUGCGCAAGCGCCGUGUGGUGAUUGUGGACCCUGAGACAGGAAAGGAGAUGUCUGUGUAUGAGGCCUACCGCAAGGGCCUCAUUGACCACCAGACGUACCUGGAGCUGUCGGAGCAGGAGUGUGAGUGGGAAGAGAUCACCAUCUCCUCCUCAGAUGGUGUGGUCAAGUCCAUGAUCAUUGACCGCCGCUCUGGUCGCCAGUAUGACAUCGAUGAUGCCAUCACCAAAAACCUCAUCGACAAAUCGGCGCUGGACCAGUACCGUGCAGGCACACUUUCCAUCACGGAGUUUGCUGACAUGCUCUCCGGCAAUGCCAGUGGCUUCCGCUCCCGCUCCUCCUCUGUGGGUUCAUCUUCCUCCUACCCUAUCAGCCCUGCUGUCUCUAGGACCCAGUUGGCCUCCUGGUCUGACCCCACCGAGGAGACAGGCCCAGUGGCUGGCAUCCUGGACACAGAGACUCUGGAAAAGGUAUCUAUCACAGAGGCCAUGCACCGCAACCUGGUGGACAAUAUCACUGGGCAGAGGCUGCUGGAAGCACAGGCCUGCACCGGGGGCAUCAUUGACCCCAGCACUGGUGAGCGCUUCCCAGUCACUGAGGCAGUCAACAAGGGCCUGGUGGACAAGAUCAUGGUAGACCGCAUCAACCUGGCCCAGAAAGCCUUCUGUGGGUUCGAGGACCCGCGCACCAAGACCAAGAUGUCAGCUGCCCAGGCCCUGAAGAAGGGUUGGCUGUACUACGAGGCAGGCCAGCGCUUCCUGGAGGUGCAGUACCUAACCGGCGGCCUGAUUGAGCCCGACACACCUGGCCGUGUGCCCCUUGAUGAGGCCCUGCAACGUGGCACCGUGGAUGCUCGCACAGCCCAGAAGCUGCGUGACGUCAGCGCCUAUUCCAAGUACCUCACAUGUCCCAAGACCAAGCUCAAGAUCUCCUACAAGGAUGCGCUGGACCGCAGCAUGGUAGAGGAGGGCACAGGGCUGCGGCUGCUGGAGGCUGCUGCCCAGUCCAGCAAGGGCUACUACAGCCCCUACAGCGUCAGCGGCUCUGGCUCCACCACUGGCUCACGCACUGGUUCACGCACAGGCUCCCGGGCUGGCUCCCGCCGUGGCAGUUUUGAUGCCACGGGCUCCGGUUUCUCCAUGACCUUCUCAUCAUCCUCCUACUCUUCCUCGGGUUAUGGCCGCCGCUAUACCUCGGGGCCUUCAGCCUCUCUUGGGGGCCCUGAGUCUGCAGUGGCUUGACCCCCCCCCCCGCCCUGCCUGCACCCUGCUCUCCCGCUCUGCAUGUGGCCAGGCUCCCUGCCGAGGCACUGGGGUCUUUCUUUAACUUGUAAAGGUGUCUUCCUCCCAAGCGGUGCCUAAGGUUUAACCAAAAAGACCAGACUAACACAGUAGAUAUAUAUCUGCUGUCCAGACAGCUGGUGUCUUGAGGGACGGGGCUGGCUCAGCCCCACUGACCACCUCACUCUCCUCGGGUCUCCCUCUUUCCCUUUUACCUUCCACUCACCACAGUCAGGUGCCUUGGAGAACCCAGAGCUGGGCACUCAGCUAACCACUCCCGUCUCCCCUGGGAGGGUUUCAUCUGAGAAAGGCCCCCAGCCCCCUAAGCCAACCCCACUGGAUGUCUACCUGCCAAUUCCAGCUGCUGAGGGCAGCUGGGAUGAGUCCCAUGGGCAGAGAGCCCUCAGUCCUCUCAGGGCCUCUUUCCUGGGCCAGCUGCUUCUCCCUGGUGUGUUUCCCUGAAUGGCCCGUUUGCUCAGUGGGUCUUGCUGGCAAGGGAAGGGUCCCGGGCCAACUGUCUCUUCCAGCCUGCCCAGAGAAGCCCCUUCCCCAUGGGAAGAUAAGGCCUGGGUCUGGCCCCAGCCUCCUGCCCUGGCCUCCAUCUGUUGUUGGAGCUCUGCUCUAUAGCUCACUGCCCCACAUUUAAUCUUCCAAGACCUAAGCCUCUGCUUCAGCCUCCCAGCCUCAGCUCCCCUUGUAAGUGCCUUCUGUGUCCUCCCUUGUACCUAGGCCCUAAGGACCCGACAUAGGGUAGAGAUGGAUGUUCUGGCUGGGCUAGGCUGGGGGGUUCUUCAGAUCUCAGAUCUCUCCUCCUCCAUGGGCCCAGUGGAUCCCCUGUCUGGGUGUUGCUGCCCACCUGGCUCCCAGGGAGCCCUGGUCCCUUCAUAGCCCAGGGUCACUGGCCGGUCCAUCUGUGCUCACAUGUGUUUUGUCCAGUGACACCCUCCUGUCUAGCCAGCCUCCACCCUCCGAGUGAGCUUUGCAUGUUUCACUAACCCUGGGCUGGAGGCAGGUGGAGAUGCCAGGCAGAACACUAAUCUGACCAUGGGCGGGGCCCUGCGGUGUCCGCCCCUCAAUAAAAGCAAUUCCAACCUUC